AUGGCCUCACAAGUCUUGGUCUAUCCACUACAUGUUUUUCAAACUCAGACAAGUGCCUUUUGUAGUGUGAAGAAACUCAAAGUUGAGCCCAGUAACUGUGUUUACCAUGAGAGGGCCUACCCACAGACUUACUUGAAUGGUAGAACCCUUGGCGUUGCUUACCCGUCAAAAAUCACCGCUUCGUUUAAGACACAAGAUUCUGUAAUCGGCAGACAUCGCGGGCAGGAGUUACCAUUGCAAACGGCUGCUGUACGCGGUGUGCGACGUCAGCAUACCACCACAGCGGCACAGCAGCAAAAAGGGGGUGUCGCCUCUCAGGAUAAGGAGCCGGAGCACCAGGAAAAAGGAAAGGGUUGCAGCAGUGGAGCUACAGGGGCAGUUGGAAGGGGUAGGGGAGAGGGAAGCGACAGUCAAGGAGGAGGAGGUGGAGGACAGGGUGAAGGUGACGGAGGUGGUGGAGGAGAGGACGAGGGUGACCGGGAAGACUGUGGAGUUUUUAACUUGCAAGACAGCUCCCACAGAUGUGGGCUGAAACGUAAGAGCGGGGAGCUGGAGAACUUGGGGAGCGCCAUGCAGAUUGUAGAGGACCGGUCAAUGUUACCUGCAAUGUUGCAAUCAAAUUUGGGAAACCCACCAGUUGCGGUCCCAGCGGCAGUCGGUGUAGGACCUGCAAAGCAAGGUGGAAAUUCCGGAAACGGGGAUGGAGAUUACCAGUUGGUGCAGCAUGAGUUGCUUUGCUCUUUGAAGAACACCUACGAGGUCUUAGACUUCCUCGGCCGUGGUACUUUCGGCCAAGUGGUGAAAUGCUGGAAACGAGGCACCAAUGAGAUUGUGGCAGUGAAGAUCCUGAAGAAUCAUCCAUCAUAUGCACGACAGGGCCAGAUUGAAGUAGGCAUCCUGGCACGCCUCAGCAGCGAGAAUGCAGAUGAGCAUAAUCUGGUGCGAGCUUUCGAGUGUUUCCAGCACCGCAGCCACACCUGCCUCGUGUUUGAGAUGCUGGAGCAAAACCUGUAUGACUUCCUCAAGCAGAACAAAUUCAGCCCGCUACCUCUGAAGGUGAUCCGUCCCAUUCUUCAGCAGGUAGCCAUGGCGCUAAAAAAGCUAAAGGGCAUGGGACUGAUCCACGCAGACCUGAAGCCUGAGAACAUCAUGCUGGUGGACCCUGUACGGCAACCCUACCGUGUGAAAGUCAUAGACUUUGGCUCAGCCAGUCACGUCUCCAAAGCCGUCUGCUCGACGUACCUCCAGUCGCGGUACUACAGGGCUCCAGAGAUCAUUCUUGGCCUGCCUUUUUGGGAAGCCAUAGACAUGUGGUCGCUGGGAUGUGUGAUUGCUGAGCUCUUCUUGGGAUGGCCCCUCUACCCAGGAGCCCUCGAGUUUGACCAGAUCCGCUUCAUUUCUCAGACGCAGGGUCUGCCAGGAGAGCAUCUGUUAAAUGUGGGGACGAAGACGUCUCGCUUCUUUUGCCGGGAGUCAGACUCGCCGUAUGCGGCCUGGAGACUUAAAUCCACAGAAGAGCAUGAGACUGAGACGGGGCUGAAAUCAAAAGAAGCCAGAAAGUACAUCUUCAGCUGUUUGGAAGACAUGGUGCAUGUGAAUCUAGUGAUGAAUCUGGAAGGCUGUGAUUUGUUGGCAGAGAAGAUUGAUCGUGCUGAGUUUGUGGGUUUGCUGAAGAAGAUGUUGUUGAUCGAUGCAGAGGAAAGAAUCGCCCCGAGUGAUGCCCUUAGCCAUCCUUUUGUUACCAUGCAGCACCUGUUAGAGUUCCCCCACAGCAACCAUGUCAAAUCGUGUUUUCACAUUAUGGACGUGUGCUGCUCACGACCAGGCAGUUAUGAGUCUCUCAGUCGGCCCAAGGCUCCGUUUGUCAGGACUGUCCCGGGCUCUGGUGCAGCGCCCAACAUUACCCUGCCCUUCUGCAAGGUGACUGGCAUUCACACUCAGGCUUUAGCCUCAUCCGCUCCUUCAGUGAUGCAUCCUGGAAUACCUCUCCAGGCAGGAAGUGCUCAGUUUGGUGACUCUUUUCAACAGGCGCUUAUUCUCUGUCCCCCAACCUUGCAAGGUACUUCUCUGUGUGUGUGUGUGUGCGUGUGUGUGUGUGUGUGUGUGUGUGUGUCUGUUUUUUUCAACUUGUUUUAUCAUUUUUUACAGCAAGCAUGGUCAAGUCGUGCCCAGCAGAUCCUGGUGCCCACCUGGCCUCAGGUGGCUCCGGUGGCACCUGUGGUGCCUUCAGCAACAACAAUGGCCUCAGAAACGGUGGCAGGUCCACAAAGACUAGCAGAUUGGGGGAAAGUUCAUUCCCUUGGCAACCAUUACAGCUCCAUGAUGCCCCACCACCAGCCACUGUUAACCAACCCAAUGGCCAUGUCAGCUCACCAGCCUAUCAGCAUAGGGAUCGCUCAUGUGGUGUGGCCACAGCCAGCUGCUAACAAGAGAAAUAAACCAUAUUCAAACAGAAGUAACAACUUCAUGCACAGCUCCAAUUCCCAAAACUCAUCAUGCCAGUCCCCAAAGAUGGUAGACAGUGUCAAAAACACAGAGGAGGAGGCAGCGGAUUGUGUAGUGGAGGCGGAGUCAGAGGCGGUGCCAGAGGAGGAGCCUGUGUGCUGUAAAGCAGAACCAGAGUAUGAGGACUCAACUGUGUCUCCGAAGCAGAGACAGACCAUUGUGAUCGCCGACUCUCCGAGCCCUCCAGGCAGUAUCAUCAGUAUCAGCAGUGGAACAGAUGAGGAGGGGCCGGACACUCAAAAACAUUCACUAGAGUGCAAGGGUAGCACGGAGUGUGAGGCAUGUCAGAGCACACUGAAUAUGGAGCGUGUGUGUUCCCUUAGCAGUCCCGAUUCAACCCUUAGCACCAGUUCAUCUGCUUCAGAACAGUCCAGCGCCUCCCCCUGCAAGAGACCCAACAGUAUGUCAGAAGAUGAGCGUGAGAGUGGAUGUGAUACGGUAGACGGCUCGCCCGCGUCUGUGUCAUCCUGUCGAGCUGACAGCCCCUUCCUGGAGGCCACCUAUAUCAAUGACAACAACCAGAACUGCAAAGCCAAUGGAACCACACAGGCUGAGUCUACCAAGCUGCCUGUCCGCACCAUGGUGGUGCCGCCCAUGCGGGUUCAGAAUAAUAAGCCGAUGGGCCGCACAGAGCCAUCAUGCCCCCCCAAAGGCCGCAAUGGUUCCAACAGACAGCCGCCCUACUCAACGUUACUGGUGAAUCGCCAACAGAAGACAGCACAGGCUUUCGCGCCCCUGCAGCCCUCUCAACAGCAAUUCCCCUUUAGACAGGUCCAGCAUUAUGGGUCGUCCCACCAGGAGUGGAACGGCAACUACAGCCACCGCCGGCCUCAAGCGUUCAUCCCGCCCACCAUUCAUGGCCACACAUUCACACUGCCUCAUGGCAGUCCCACCCACACAGCCCACCCUUCUCAAACACACCUGGGUGUUCACCCUCACACCCAGCCGACUUUACUGUCCUACCCCCCUUCAGGGCCCCUAGUGACAAAUGCCUCAAUGGCCCACCUCUUGGCUUCACCUGGGGCGACACGGAAUCACGUCUUUCAGCCGGCUUAUGGCCUCUCCCAUCCGGCUGGACACCUUGUGCACCAGGUCACUGUGGGUCUCAGCCGCCUCUUGCCCUCUCCAACUCUCCACCCUCAAGGCCAAUUCAAGCCUCUGUUCCCCCCACACUCCUUCAUCGCAUCACCUGCAUAUGCAGGCUUCCCGCUUAGUCCCACCAAACUAAACCAGUACCCGUACAUCUGAGACUCGCUCUGCAACCCUCUGGAGGGCCGCCGACACGGACGUAACAUCGGGCUCUCUGUAGAAGCCACAUACAACCUGGUUCUCGCACCUAAAGCCAUGGCGCAAGAGAGAAAGAAAGUAGUUUCUUUGAAUCACGUAGACUUAAUUGAGUGCAAUUAAAAUUAGCUUUAAAAGAGGAAAGGUUUGGAAAGUCUUUAGCAAGUAGGUAAAGAAAGCGCACGGUUGAGAAGCAAGCGAUUGGAUAAAUAAUAAAAAAUAAAAAAAUGUUUUGCACAUUUGAUACAUCACCUUAUCGGAUUUUCAGAUCUUCAGAUUUAAGCGCUCCUCUAAUGAAAAUCAACAACGGACAGUGUCCAAAAUCAUGUGAUGGUCAACUUAUUUUUAUACAUUGCCUUUACCUUGUAUACAACACGUUUGUUUGUAAAGACAGCCCUGUAUGUUGUUUACAACAUAAAAUGUGUCCACUUGCCGUGUUUUCUUGCGUUCCAAGUAUUUGUACUUUUCUCUGCGUCUUUGGUGUCGUUUGGAAUGGAGUCGUUCGUCACAUGCUGCAUGUGUUGCAUGAUGUUGAUCAGAGAGAAGCUUGUAGGGGCUCUUGACGUGUCUAGAGGGUCACUGCAUUGUUGUCCCCAGCCAUAGUGCCUUAUAUAUCGGCAGUCUUUCGUGUUCUACUACACUAUCUCUCUGUGUGUAUAUACAAUGUGUUUGUGUGUGUAUGUGUCCUGGACUGCAGCAGUUGCAAUUCAAAUCAGUCCGUGCAUUCUUUGUGUGUGCGUGUGUAUAUGUAUUACGUAUAUAUACACACUGGUGUAUUAUUUCAUGCAUAGAUUGGCAUCAAUGUACUGCAUUGCACAAACUGCAGUGCUUAUUUUUGGAUCCAAUGUAUAUUUGAGAUGUAGUGAGUUAAUGUUUGCGUUAUUUCUUCGGAAGACGGCAUGCUUUUGCUGCUGCAAACGCUUGCUGUUGGAUUUGUUCUGAUUCUCAUUUUUUUCGUUAUCUUAAAUGAACUAGUUGUGUAGAGGAUACAAUGAAUUUCUAUUCAGAAAAAUCGACAAAACUAACAGUAUUUGUACUGUUUAGUAAAACUGCAAUACAAUCUAUAUAGUUUGUUUUUCUUUUUGUCUGUGGAUUUAGUUCUUUGGGUUUGUGUGUGUUUGUGUUUGCUGUGGUGGGCAUGGCUUCGACUAGAUGAAGACACAAAUGCAAAUAUCGGUCUUUGAUUCAGGGUCAUGGAUUCAUCUUAGCCUGAGCAGACCAUGCAGUAUUUGAUGUAUAGACACAUAUGAGUAUAUAUCUAAUAGAGCUAGUUUAUUUAGUGCUGAAGCUUGACACGGUGUGUUUUAAGGUGUGCAAUUCUCAUUUAUGCAUGUGUGAAUCGAUUUUUUUUCUUAAUUAUAUCAUUAUAUCAUGUUGAAAGCUUGUUGGUGUCAACUGCAUUUUAUACAUUCCGUCAGGGAGAAAU